CCCUCUCUCUCUCUCCCUGUGUCGCUUAAACAACAGUCCUAACUUUUGUGUGUUGCAAAUAUAAAAGGCAAGCCAUGUGACAGAGGGACAGAAGAACAAAAGCAUUUGGAAGUAACAGGACCUCUUUCUAGCUCUCAGAAAAGUCUGAGAAGAAAGGAGCCCUGCGUUUCCCCCCAAAGCUGUGCAGCAGAUCUCGCGAUGAUGGAUUGCAAGUGGAAAGAGUAAGACAAGACUCGGGGGGGGGCCUACAAAGGACAAUGACAACCAGAAAGCUUCAGCCGGAUCCUGUCCUUUGCUCGAAAGGGACUGGAUCCUAGGAGGCGAAGGCAUUUCCCAUUCCUAGUCCUCUGCCUCCCUCUGCUGUCCCUUCUCCGAAGUUUUUCCUUACAACAAUGAGAAAUCAUGUACUAGCUGCAUCCUUUUCUAUGCUCUCCCUGCUGGCGCUAAUGGGAGAUACGGACAGCAAAACGGACAGCUCCUUCAUGAUGGACUCGGACCCUCUACGCUGCAUGAGGCAUCACUAUGUUGAUUCUAUCAGUCACCCAUUGUACAAGUGUAGCUCGAAGAUGGUGCUUCUGGCCAGGUGCGAGGGGCACUGCAGCCAGGCGUCACGCUCUGAGCCCUUGGUGUCCUUCAGCACUGUCCUCAAGCAGCCUUUUCGCUCCUCCUGUCACUGCUGCCGGCCUCAGACCUCCAAGUUGAAGGCACUGCGCCUGCGCUGUUCCGGGGGCAUGCGGCUCACGGCCACCUACCGGUACAUCCUCUCCUGUCACUGUGAGGAGUGCAGCUCGUGAGGCCUCCCACUGAGUGGCUUCUGGAUGAGACCACCUCCUCCCUCACCGAGCCAGUUCAACAGGCCAGGGAAGGACUGGCAAGAAAAGAGUUAAGGGAAAGAAAGAAAGAAA